GUUGGCAUGUUUCCUAUAUUUUCUGCAUAACAACAAAAUAGAACAUGUCUAACCAUUAUUUACUUGUUCCUUCUACAGGCUUGUGUGAUCUAAAAUAUCUUGAAGAACUAAGUCUCAGAUUGAACAGCUUCACUGGAGAACUCCCCACAUGUCUUAGAAACUUAACAUUUCUUCGGGUAAUUGAUCUCACUGAUAACCGGUUUACAGGAAACAUUGCCUCAUCUCCACUUUCAAGUCUCUUGUCCCUUGAAUACCUCUUGUUAGCGAACAACAACUUUGAGAUACCAUUCGAGUCAUUUGCUAACCAUUCAAAACUUAAGUUAGUCGAUGCUGACAACAACUCAGUAAUUGUACAAACUUCUUCUAAAAGUUGGAUCCCAAAGUUUCAAUUAGAAGCCUUAUCUUUAAUCAACUGCUCUCAAAUGCCAAGUUUCCUUCAUUAUCAACAUCAUCUAAGGUUUCUCCGUCUCUCGAAAUGCAACAUUAGUGGAGACUUUCCAAAUUGGUUGUUAGAAAACAAUUCUAAACUUGGAGAAGUUUACUUGGAUGGAAAUGCAUUCACUGGAUCUCUUCAAUUGCCAUUCCUUCCUAGUCUGAAAUCUUUUGAUAUCUCUAACAACAAGAUUCAAGGGAAACUUCCUCCUAACAUUGGGUCCAUUUUCCCGAAUCUCGUGAUAGCAACAAUGUCCAAGAAUAUGCUUGAAGGCUUGUUGCCUUCAAGUUUUGGUUACAUGAAAGACCUUGAAUGCUUGGAUUUGUCAUACAAUAAGUUAACAGGAGACCUACCGAUUGCAUUUGCUCGUAAAGGAUCCAAGUUAGCUUUACUGAGAUUGUCAAAUAACAUGUUGAAAGGGGAAAUAUUUCCAGUUUCAACUAACAUCAACAAUUUCCAAUACUUAUACUUGGACAAGAACAAUUUCUCAGGCCCAAUUCCGCAGAAGUUAUCCACUGCUCCUUUAAUUACAUUGGAUUUAAGUUAUAAUAACUUGUCAGGAAACAUACCACCAUGGCUUGGUAAUAUCCCCUCCUUAACCUCCCUCACACUAUCCAGAAACCAUCUAAAAGGUCAUAUUCCACCUGACUAUUGUAGACUUGAAGGGCUUGAGGUCUUGAAUCUCUCUGAAAACAACCUUAUUGGUGCAAUUCCAUCAUGUUUCAGUUCUUUUCGAUCCUUACGCCGUGUGUAUUUGAGCAAAAACUUGCUACAAGGGGAAUUCAACAUGUUCUCAAACUCAGUCGAGCUAAAAGUGUUGGAUCUUAGAUAUAACAACUUCAGUGGUUUGAUUCCAAAAUGGUUAGGUAGUACUCUUCGAAUCACCACCUUACUCUUGAAAGGAAAUCAUCUUCAAGGCAUCAUUCCCGCAGAGCUGUGCCUUGCGAGUAGAAUUUUGGAUCUUGCUCAUAAUAGUAUCUCGGGUCCUAUUCCUCAUUGCUUUGGGAACAUAAUGCAACAAGACGAUACAAUAGAAACAUACGUAUACAGUCCAGCAUUUGGAUAUGAAGGAUUCGAUACAUUUGAAGAAGAUGUCGUGAUAGAUUUAGAAUUAUCAUUCUCUUUCUCAUUGACAAUUUAUUUCUAG